CCUCGUUGCUCUUUCUCCUUGCAGGAUCUCCUCAGACUGGAUUCAGGGACGUGAGCCAUUUGUUCUUGCACAAGCUGAGACCCACUGCACCCCUCCCCAUAUGCUCACAGUCAUUUCAGCUUUGUGUAGGAGUCUGUCUUACUGUCAGGUAUCUUGCAAGAAACUUCUAUUCUAGUUCUAUCUUCCUCCCCAAGAGGAUUUCCCCUUAGUCACAGACUCCAGGAAACCCGAGAACACGUGUUACUGAUCCUCAGCACCUUUGAACUUCCACUUUCGUUUCCCAAUUGCCGACGCGAGCUGCUUCUCGGAGGGAGUAGGCUAGUUUGCUCCCGGGCUUCUAAUCUGAGGUAAAACAGAGCUCUGGACACAGGAAUUUUUUCCCCCCGAAAGCUGGUAAGAUCAUGUCAUGAUGAUAUUUUCCUGCACAUGCAGCUAUUAAAAUAGAAUGGGGACUUGGCUGCUCCAUACUGCUUUUGUGAUUCAGCAGCUCAUUGCUUUGCAUGUAUGUUUGUGAGAAAUUUUCUGAAUCUGAUCCUUCCGUGAAAGGGAAGAUUUCGGGAGGGCACUGAAAUUUGCUAACUUUAUCUACAAGCGCCGUGUUAAUCUCUUGGGUGGAGUCAGAAAGCCUCGGCUGGCAUUGUCCCAUGCGAAAAGAAAAAUAUUAUUCUUCGCCAUCUAGUGGUGCUUCCUGUUUUUUCAACCGUUAGAUGGGGGAAAGCUGCUUUAUAUUUGCAGAUCACCACGAAAACCUGAUGCUUAUUUAAUACAGCAAGCUGAAGGCACGCACAGAACAAGCCUCCUCCCCAUGCUUACUCAGGCGUGUUCAAUGGGGCCUAGCCCCCUAAGUACCACAGCUGCAGUUCACAGACCAGCAGCACAAAUCUGUGCAGGUUGAAUCAAAUGAGGCUCUUAUUUUCAAAGCUUGUUCUCCAGCUCCUAGCAUGUCUUGGGUGGGGCUGUAGGAUUGAAGUCUUAACAUUUAGCGGUACUCUCCCCGAUGCUUUUCAACAUCUUUAUGCGCCCCCUCACCCAGCUUGUCCGGAGUUUUGGGCUGGGCUGCCAUCAGUAUGCCGAUGACACCCAACUCUAUCUGUUGAUGGAUGGCUAUCCUGACUCGGCCCCAGAUACACUGACCAGAUGUCUGGAAGCUGUGGCUGGAUGGUUACGUGGGAGCUGGUUGAAGUUAAAUCCUUCGAAGACAGAGGUCCUCUGGCUGGGACGGGACGAUAUGGGAUUGAGAGGGCAACUCCCAUCUCUUGCGGGGGUGCAAUUAGUGCCAGUACCGUCCGUUAAGUGUUUGGGUGUAAUCUUCGAUACCUCCCUCUCUAUGGAGGCACAGAUUACAGCUAUAACAAAGGCGGCAUUUUUUCAUCUCCGCCAAGCUAAGCAGUUGGCUCCUUAUCUCUCUCGCCCUGACCUAGCCACUGUGAUCCACGCGACGGUCACCUCCAGACUGGAUUAUUGUAACUUGCUCUACGUGGGGCUGCCCUUGAGACUGACCCAGAAACUCCAGCGGGUGCAGAAUGCCGCGGCGAGACUCCUUAUGGGGUCUUCGCUGCGAGAUCACAUUCAUCCGAUACUAUACCAGCUGCACUGGCUCCCGGUGGAGUACAGGAUCAGGUUUAAGGUGCUGGUUUUAACCUUUAAAGCCCUAUACGGCCUAGGACCUUCGUACCUACGGGACCGCCUCUCCUGGUAUGUCCCACAGAGGAACUUACGGUCUGCAAAUAAAAACAUCUUGACGGUCCCAGGCCUCAGAGAGGUUAGGCUGGCCUCAACUAGAGCCAGGGCUUUCUCGGCUGCGGCUCCAAUCUGGUGGAACGCUCUGUCACAAGAGACUAGGGCCCUGCGGGACCUGACAUUUUUCCGCAGGGCCUGAAAGACAGAGCUGUUCCACCAGGCCUUUGGUCAGGGUGCAGCCUGACUCCCUCCUCUGGCAAUCUGCACAGAAUUUUGCUUAACGGUUGCCAUCAAUUUGAUUUUAAUUAAUUAGAAUGAAAUGUUUUUAGAAUGUUGGAUUAUUUGAUUGUUGUUAGCCGCCCUGAGCCUGGCUUCGGCUGGGGAGGGCAGGAUAUAAAUAAAAUUUAUUAUUAUUAUUAUUAUUGUUAUUAUUAUUAUUAUUACUACCCUGUGGAGGUUUGAAAGAGAAAUGUGGCAUAUGUGUUUGAAAGCCUUGAUUCCAGCAUGCUGCUGCUGCCCAUCCAUUUAUGUGGAAGCAUGACUUGCUCCAUCAAAACUUUAUGCUCCCAAUUGUUCCUCUGAAAUGCUGCCUUUUCUGCUCCACAUCUGAUGUCAUAUGGGGCAGGUAGGGAUUGCUUUAUGAAAAUGGUCUCAUGUGCAACAUGGGAGGCUUAGAGGAACAUGUCUGGACAAGACGUUCCCCAGUCCUGGCCUACAUUGGCUGGAAGUGGGUUUCUGAAUUUCAGACAGGGAUAUCUCUUAAACAUGUCUUGAGAUGCUGGAAAUUGAACUAUGACCUUCUGCCACCUAGCUUUGGCUGUUCCCAAUUCCAGAAAUAUUUAUAUUCCUACUAUAUCUCAUUUCUUUCAGAUUAAAGAUGGCCUCAUCUCGAUUGACCAAAACUGAGGAAAAGGCGCUGCUGGAUAUUUUGGGAUGCCAACAUCUAAGCCUUCUCUAUAAAGCAAGUUUGCAUACCUACAAUGUCAAUGCAUUUCAUAACAAAUGCGACAAUCAGGGCCCAACUGUAGUUGUGGGAUACAAUGCAAGUGGCUAUAUCUUUGGAGGCUUUACUGAACAGAGUUAUGCUUCCGCUGGGAAAUACCUAUUUGAUAACAAUGCUUUCCUGUUUAGAUUGAAAGGGAAAGGGCAGGAACCCAGCAUACUAAAAUUCCCAGUCAAGAAUGCUGUUGAGGCUGUCCUUGACAAUAGUGCAUAUGGUCCUACUUUUGGAGCUAACACACUUGUAUUCCUGUCAGAAAGCAAGAAUAGUGUUACCACAGAUGCUAACACUAACAGUUACACACUCAGUGCAGAAGACCUACAUGGAAAUGACCAAGUCCUUUUGGAAUGUGAAGUAUAUCGAGUUGAAGGUGAGCUGAAACAAUCAUUUAAAAGUUAUUUCAUUUUUUGCAACCCGUUGAUUUGCCCUCUUGCUAAUAUCAAAUUUUAUUUUCUCCUUAGGGCUGAGUAGCAUUUUGGAAAAACCAUGGCGGGAGAUGACAUGGACAGCUGAGUAGGUUACUGACUCGAGAAACACUCCCACCCCAUUUCCCCCCACCCCACACACCAUUUAGGCAAGCCAGUGGCAUUGUUUCAUUUACAGUGGUACCACGGGUUAAGAACUUAAUUCGUUCUGGAGGUCCGUUCUUAACCUGAAACUGUUCUUAACCUGAGGUACCACUUUAGCUAAUGGGGCCUCCUGCUGCCGCCCCCACGUAAUUUCUGUUUUCAUCCUGAGGUAAAGUUCUUAACCCAAGAUACUAUUUCUGGGUUAUCAGAGUCUGUAACCUGAAGCGUCUGUAACCUGAAGUGUCUGUAACCCGAGGUACCAGUGUAUUUAUUUAAGGCAUUUAUAUACAAUUUAAUCCAUAUAAUUUCCAAGUGGUUUCAAAGUUACCCCAGUUCAAGGGCACAUUAUAGCUGGGCUAAAGCACUAGACCAGUGAGGGCCAAGUGAGGGGUGUGGCUUGUGGAGAGUUCUGAGAGGUAAGAUGGAGGCCUGGAGGACCACAUUUGGCCUCUGUGCCUGAGUUUCCCAACCCCUGCUUCUAACAGGUGUCACUUUCUUAUCUUUUCUUCCCUUGGCUAGUCAUCUUCUCAGGUACACGGUCUAAACCACUGAGCCUCUUGGGCUUGCUGAUCAUAAGGUCACUAGUUGGAGUCCGUGUGAUGGGUGAUCUCCUGUUGCUUUGUCGCAGCUCCUGCCAACUUAGCAGUUUGAAAGCAUAACAGCGCGAGCAGAUAAAUAGAUACCGUUGCAGUGAAAUGGCAUUUCUGUGCACUCUGGCACUCGUCAUGGUGUCCUGUGCACCAGAAACUGGCCACGUGACCUGGAAAAAAACUGUCUGUGGACAGAUGCUGGCUCUCUUGGCCUUAAAGCUGCUCCCAUAGUCAAAUUCAGCUGGACUUAACCAUCCAGGGGUCCUUUACCUUUACCUUACCAUUUCAGGAUGACCUCCAGUUGUGGUUUUGGAACACCCCCGCUUCAGUCUAAAAGAAGAGUUAUAGGGCAGCCUUAUAGUCAGUGUAGAAGGAAAUCCUGUUCCAUGCAUUGCGGAUAUAAUGAUUGAUAUAUUAUAAUGAUAUAAUAAUGAUUGAUUUCAAAUUGACUCCAUUUUAACAUCAAAAUAGAAUUUAUUGAUAUUGCAAAACCACACCCAAUAUGAAAUGCAUUGGCGGUGCAUUGGAGUCUACCGUGCUAACCUAAAUUCAUCUGUGGACUAUCAGGGAGCACUGGGGAAUAAACAGAAGCAUGCACCAUGCUAUUUGAGGCUACAGCUUUACCUGUCGUGACCUUGGCCUCAGAUAAUGUCAGAUGAAGGGCAGGUGGGUGUAACUUGGACCUAAUAGCCUGGCAGGUCAAAUGGAGAAGGCUGCCAGGCCCAGUGAGGCCCACAAGUUGCAGCUCCCCACCAGUGGAGAUUAGUUUAAAAGCUGAUCACUUCAUGAAGGGAUGUAGAAAGAUGUCUGCAUUUUCUUAUUUUAGGAGAAUCAGGCAGGGAAGGAAGAUAUUGUAUGGGGCAGUAGGCUAAAAAUGGUGGUAAACAGCAGAAAUUAGUCUCCAAAGAGAAAUGCUUUUGGAUUUAAGCAAUUUCUCAACAGCUGUGUCUGAAAUGUGGCCAGUUUAGGUCACUAAAAAUGUAGGUACUCUGUGCUAAAUUUCAGAAGGUUUGUACACAUUAUCUUCAUUUGAUUCACAAUUAAAACCCUCAGGCUUCAACAUCAUAGAGUGUUGCUUUGCUUUUCAAAUUUAACACUGUAUAAUCCAGGAUAUAUACACAUAUGAUUAAGCUAAUAUGGUUAAUAGACAGAUGUAUUUUGCUACCUUGGCAGGAAAAGGGAAGCGCUGAUGAAAGAAAUAAGAACUUUCAAGCCUUGCUUGAGUGCUGUGCCCCAGUGUCGGGUUCUGCUUGUUGGGCCAGUUGGAGCAGGGAAGUCCAGUUUCUUCAAUUCUGUGAAUUCAACUUUCCGAGGCUACGUGUCAAGUCAAGCUGCAGCAGGAUCUGAUUCCACAAGUCUGACAAAGCAGGUAGCUCUGCACUGCUAAAGCAAAAGUUAAGGACGGGCCUCCAGAACGUAUUAAGUUCGUAACCCGAGGUAUCGCUGUAUUUCCAAACAUGUUGGCCAAUAACUAAUGGCAACAUAAGAUUCAAUAUAUACUUCAACUAGGGUUCCUAGACCACAACUCCCAUCAGCCCUUGCUAGGAGACCAUUUGAAAACCAUAAAUCACAAAACACCUUGUCCUCCCCCUUCCUUUCCCAGCUGUUGUAAGGAUUUUCAAGCUGCAAAGAAAACAUUCAGAAGCCCAGUCCUUUUGGCAGCUGACUGAUUGUAGCCCAUAAGCAUAUGUCGGCUCAGAAGUGCCUCUUGAUUAAUGCCAAUUGUCCAAAUUAUAGAGGAACCAAAUAACACUGGAGAUAGGGGCUCGUCCACGGCAGGGACACACAUCCAGAUACAGGCUUGCUUGGCACAGCAGGAUGCAGUGAGCUCCCCAGAUCCCACUGGGGAACAUUGCCAGGAUAUUUUGCAACAUAAAUCCUGGCUUUCCUCUGCCUGAACCUCCUUGCUGCCCUCGUGACGUGACCGGAAACCCAUACUUAACUUGCCUUUCUGACCUGUUUCUUGUGUAAUGGAACUUCUGUGGUUUUGUACAGAGCCACAAAAAUUACAGUAGAUAUUAUAUAUACUAGUAAGUGAAAUACGGUAGAUAGUAUAUAUACUAGUAGGUGAAAUUUGUCAUUUACAUAUGUAAAACAGAAAGGAAAGCAGAUAGGAAUAGAUUUCAAUAUGGUGUUAUUUGCAUUUUUUAAAAAAUAGUAUAGGACUUACCAUCUUAAAAGCGGAAGUGGUAGAACCCCACUCCCAGUCAUCUUCUGUGAUACCAUGGGACUUGAAGCUCAACCCAAUGCUGGUCUGGACAUUGAGGACGUGCGCAGCAUAUUGGAGGGCCAUAUUCCUGAUCGGUACUCGGUAAGAUGCAUCCUCUAUUGUUCAUUUUAGAUGGAGAGAUUAUCAUUUAGGAACCUCUGCUUUUCAUUUCUAAUUUACUUAUAUAAUGCAAACAUCACACUUCCUGUGGUCCACCAUUAUAACCCCAGCAAGCGCAGUUUUAUUUUCCCAAGUGGUUUGCCAGGCUAAGGAUUGAUUUGCAUCCACGAAUCAAUGACAUGUUUUGGAAACACAGUUGCUAGAAGACUGGUCCUUGGGGAAAGCUGAUCAUGUGAUUUGGCUCACCUUGGAGCCAUGGUAGUUUCAGCCCAUGCCAUCAAAACUCAUCUUCUGAGUAAAAAAAAUAUUGAAACCAUUUGGGAAAUAUCUCACAGAUCAGCUUAUCAUGCUGAGCAGCCUGAACAUGGUUGGGUUUUUAGUUUCCCCUCAAUUGAUUGGAUGUGCAUGUUAGACCUCUCCCUUUGGGAAAACCCAAAUAGCCAUUUGCUCUCUUUGACCACCAAAGAGCAGUCCCCCUCCCCCACGGGGGAGAGGGGUACGGGGAAUCAGUGGAAUAAGAGGAAAUGUGGAAAAGCCCUUGGAGGAGAAUUUGGGAAAUUGCUUGUUGUAAUGGUAUCCUCAGUACUAGAUUGAGAAUACCAGAGUAUUAAUUCAGGUACUACACCCUCACCACACUGGGUAAAAAUGCUUUUCAAAAUGGGGUGGCAACUGACUACAUGUCAUUUUCGGUGUACUUGUAUGCACAAAUGGUCACUUUACAUAUCAAAGAUGGCUGCUCCAUGAGCACUACAUGGGGGCUGUCAUCUUUUUGUAUGUAGGUUCAUCCACUGCUAUGUCUCUCACACAACCCUAUAGGAAUUUGAUUCCAUUGCAGCUAUCCUAUAUUUUUUCUUCUAUUACCCUUUCCCUUUUCAGUUCAAUCCAUCCUGUGUUAUGAACCCCAAUAUGCCAAACUAUAUCAAGUGCCCUUCUCCAAAAGACCGGAUUCAUUGUGUUGCGUUCAUUAUUGAUGGGUCCAAGGUUGAGAUCCUCCCUGAGAAGCUGGAAGAAAAACUGAAAGACAUCCGUCGAAAAGCGAACAGUUUUGGUCAGUCUUUUUAAUUUAUUUUACAUUUAUGUUUUGAUCAACCUCAAUGUAGUUGCUAUCUUAUUUCAUAUUUUUAAAAAAGGCUUCAAAUAGUUCUUUGCUCAUUGCUAAAAAAACCCAACAAUAAUAAUUGUGGUGGCUAUUCCCAAUUCAAAAGGAAAAAACAAACAUAUAUUAUAAGUUAUUUUUAUAAGUUAAUCUUCUUACAGGUGUUCCACAGCUUGUUAUUCUAACUAAAGUGGAUCAGAUUUGUCCUAUUGUUGAAGAAGAUAUAUCAUACGUAUACCAAAGCAUGGCUGUUCAGAAGCAGGUAAACUGUUAAAUUAAAAGGUAUCUGUAAAGCUAGUCAGGCUUUUCUUUAAUAUUUUAAUCUUUCUGUUACUUUUUAUUUCCUUGUUGUGUUUUGCUUCUGCUCUUACUUCUUGGGUUUUUUUAUAUCCUCUACUCUGGGCUAAUGAGAAUAUACACUUGAAGGUAAUGGGUGGCUGAUAAAUGUCCCUGGACUCAGCUACACAGAUGCCAAUAAAACAUUUUAAAAGGUUUGCGAAAUGCAAUAUACCAAAGUGACACUAGCUGGCGACAGUGCGGUGUAUUUUUCAAAACAUUUUUUUAAAAAGCAUUCUCACAGCAUUUUUAAAUAUGUGUGCAGACUCCUCCCCUGUGUGAGAGGCAGGGAAGGGAAGAGGUCCCAGGCUGAGAGGCUGGGAAGGUCCAUCCCUUUCUGUGUGAGACAAGGUUUAAGAGCUACCUUUGAAGGACGACUUUGCAUUUGUCUUUGUCUUUCUGUUUAGAUUAGUUUGUUUUUUAUUGCAUUGUAUUAUGAAAAACUGUCAUAACAUCUUUGCGCUCUAGAUGUGCAAAGCAGGGCUGUUGAGGUUUGUUAUUUGGAGAGCGUGUGGCCUGAGGAAAAUCCUGAGGGUCAAAGAGAGGCUCACCCUGGUCUAGGGCAUUAAAGGUCAUAGGGCAUUAAACCAACACUUUUAAGUUGGACCUGGAAAUGGACUGGACCUUGUUUCUUGUAAGUGGCCCUGAAUUUUUUUGGUUUGGGUUCAGUGUACGGAUAUGGGGCAUAAAAAUGUAAUUAAUACAGCCAGCAGUGGCCUUGUGUCAACUGGCGGGACCAAAGGGGCAUAAAAAUAGUGUUCCCUUGGUAACAAAUCACAUUUUAUUUCCUUUACAGAUGCGGCUAAUGGAAGCAAAACUUGGCAUCCCUCUGUCUCAUAUAGUUCCUGUUAAAAAUUAUUCCUCGGAGCUGGAACUGAGGAAUGAUGUUGAUAUCCUGAUACUCAUGGCAGUGAGGCAGAUGCUUCGUUUAGCUGAAGACUACCUCGACGACUGUGAUGACGAACCUCCGGUCAAUCGUUCCAUUAAGGAUUGUUAUGCUGAGCCGUGAUAUAUUUACUGAAGCCAUUAGAAUUCUAGUUUAUGCUUUAGAUUUUUAAUAAAAGUGACCAAGUUUAUUCUCCAUUUAGGGAGAUGCCAUUCCAGAUUUGAAACAUUCUUACAUACUAAUCUCAGUAUCUUGCUGCUGCUUCUGCUGUAUGUAUGUGGCUAAUGGACAUGUUAACUGUAGAGCUGCAAGGCUUUUAUGUUCUUUAGGCCUCCAACAUCCUUUCCAAACCUAAAAUUCUGUUUCUAUUAUAAGACAAUAAUUAAGACAAUAAUACUAUAUAGGUAGCUCGCACGAAGUCCAUUACACUGCGACUCCAGGCUACAAACCAGAUUGGUGUGUGCACUAGAGAUGUGAUCUGAAGGGAAAGAGAAAUAAAAAAUACCAGCUGCCAGGAAAACCAGUUUUGCUAUGAGCAAGCGCAAGAGGGUAACUAAGCCAUUAACCAGAGGCCUUGGAAAAGUUGAGAAAGUGGUGCAACCUCAAGUUAUAGACGUGAUACUAGGGAGGGGGGCUUAUAUACAGGGGUUGAUGAUUCUCACGUGAUAUGCCAGAUCAAUAAAUUACGAGGUAUAAAAUGGACUUCCAUGUUGAUGAGAAAUAUUUUAGGUGUUUUGUAUCUUUUUAAUGUCACUGCUUCCUUAAAACAAAUAAAUAAAUGCAUGUGAAACUCA